AUGUCGUCUGUCCCGCCUGCCUUGACAAGGGACACAAGGAAAAGGAGUUUUUGGAAAUCUUCUGCAGUCAGGAUUUUGCCCUGAAAAUGAGCGUCCGGUCCUCGUCCGGCGUGGAAGGAGACCUGAAAGUGGUCCCGGAAAGCAGGGGCCGGACUCUGUACAAGAAGGACGGCUGGUCAGAGGAGGAGCUGAAGAAGCCGGUGCUGUGGUUGGCCGGGGGAGAGGCAUGCGCCUGCCCGGAGCUGGCUGGGCCGGAGUUCGUGGUCCUCGCCAUGGGGCACAGGGUCGCCGGUCGGCUGGUCAUCUCGUGGGUCAGGAAGUGGCGGCACGGAGAGAAGGAGCUGAAGAAGUUCUCCCGGGCCGUGCGGAAGCUGCGGUGCUAGGGGUCCCUUCCGCCAC